AUGGCGGCGGCCGCUAGUGCAGCAGCAUCCCCUCCUCCCCACCAUGGCAUCCCAGAUGAGAUCUUCAUCUGGGAGAUCCUCGUCCGCCUGCCCCCCAAAUCCCUCCUCCGCUGCCGCGCCGUUUGCCGCGCCUGGCGCCACGCCACCUCUGCCCGCGACUUCCUCCUGUCCCACCAUGGCCGUCAGCCCCACCUCCCCCUCCUCCACUGCUACAACUUUGUCGGUGACAAACUUGACUCCCUGGACAUCAUCCCCUUCGACCACCGGGCAGGGGUCGCCGCCGCCGACCAGCUCCAGUCCGUCGCACGACUUGGACACUCCUUCUUCCGUCCGUUGGCCGCCUGCGACGGCCUCGUCGUCCUCACCGAGAACUACGCCCGCUUCUCCAUUUGCAACCCGGCAACUCGUCAGUAUGCUCCACUCCCUCUGCCUUCUGACUUCAUUUUCUUGGGGAUUUACCCGCACGGCCCUACUGGCGAGUACCGGCUAUUGCUGGGACCGGAAGCUCAAGAUGGCUGCUAUGUCUACACAUUAGGCUCUGGCCAGCCCCCGAGGCACAUAGACAUAGACUGCCCCGAUGUGGAGGAAGAGGAACUGGUAUACCCCUCCGGAUCUGUCCUGUUCCAUGGUAGCCUGCAUUUGUGCAUAGGCAACAUGAUAAUUGCAUUCAACACCACCGCUGAGUCGUUCCGUCAGAUGCGCGCUCCAGUUGAUCCUUGGGGUGCUGACCUGUUUGAGAUGGAUGGAAUGCUCGGAAUGUCCAUCUACAAUGACGCGUCGACAUCCAUUGAUAUAUGGAGGAUGCAGGACUACGGAAGCGAGGUCUGGGCCUUGAAAUACCGGGUUGAAUUGCCGGCUGCAGAGUUUGGAAAUUUUAGCAAACAUUGGUGGGUGGUGGUCGUGCCUUCAGACGGUGAUGUGUUUGUGCUAGUCAAAUUUGAUGACCGGCUACUUCAGGUUGAUGUCGAUGGCAAGCUGGUUGCCAAUUUCGAAUGCAGAGGCCUCGGUCCUACUCGAUUUCGGCUCAAACAAACUCUAGUUUCGCAUACAUUCUUUCCAACACUAGAGGGUUAUGUUGUGAACGAUUCACAAGUGUUUUAUCCACGCCUUUCAACUGAGGGCAGUUGA